CUACCCGAGAUGCCGUUGCCGGUGCCUCUGCCCGAGUCACACGGGCAUAAGUCCCUUCUCUUUCAUCCGCUCUUGGUGGAGGAAUCGAGGAGACUCCUGAAUACGAGAGAUGAGACGCUCAUCCCGCAGCUCAUUCAAGGCAUCUCUCUCACCUCUGCCGACCACAUAGAGUUGAAGGACCCCUAUGCAGGGGGAGAGCCCUCUCCGGAAAACCUUCCCGAGCUCCUUCAUGGGAUCCUCCAGCGACAUCCGGGUGUGUUCAGGGGGCAGGGGGGAGGGUACGGGCAAGUACAGGCGCCGGCAGCAGUGCAAAAGUGGGGGAACUACGGAAACGCUGCUUCGACGGGGAACUCCCCGUCGCCUGCCAGCAUGGGAGCCGCCUUCUCCGUCUCCCCCUACCCGUCGUCGUCGUCGCCGGCGUCCACGCCGAGGAUGACUCCUCAGCAGGAUUCUGCUGCCAGUCCGCAGUCUCCAUAUCCUCAGCUGCCCGUGAACAAGUUUACACCUGCAGUGUCAAAAACUCCUGCAGAGGCCUCUCGAUCGCCGUUGCAUCGUCCGACGGUGAUCCAGUCGGAGCAGUCCCACCGACUUCAUCAGUCUUCUUUCCCAAAUCAGUCGCUAGUACAAAGCUCUGAGACAUGCCUUUCUGCCUCGGACGUGAAUUCGAGGACAGCUCUAGGGCAACCUCUGGACAUUGUGAACUCUGGCAGUGAAUGUGUUAGUGAUGCGAGAGUGAGUGGAAAUUUCGCACUGCCCCAACCACAGCAGCAGGCAGUCAAUGCCAGCAAUGGCACAUCAAGACUGGGGGGAUAUGAUUCUGGAUUCCACCAAAUUAAUGGUCCUUUAUCACAAAGUGCUGCAGUGAACCAGGUGCAACCAAUUCCUUGUGAAGCACAAGCUCCUGGUUCUGCCAAAUUGAGAGGGGAUGAGAAGUUGUCACAGAGCCCGGUUGUGAAGCAGGAGCAAGUAGAUGUCAUAAAGAUGGGAAGGGGAGCGAAAGACAAAGGGAGUAAUCACAGAAUAUCAAGGAAGCCCACUGUGAGUUAUCAGGAAUCUUCAAGCAGUGAAGAUGAGGGAGAUGGAAAACAGAAGAAUCGUUAUUUCAAAGCCAGAGAGAAAGAACGGGAUGAGAAAAAGCGAAAAGAACGAGAAGAGAGGAAAAAGAGGAAGCGAGAUGGUGAUGAUGAUUACGUUCCUGUUGAGUUUGGUGAUUAUGGUUCCAGUUUGUCAGAGCGUGUGAAGCAGAGGAAACGUGGACCUAUGCAAGGAUCAGAUAUUGGUGAAGACACCAACAGCUGUGAUGUUGAAGGUGGAGUUAAAAAGGAGAAUGAAGAGGCAGAGCCACUGCCAAAGAAGCCAAAAGUGCGUAAGGUGGAACGGAAACUUGUCCCGGUCAUUGAGAAGUUAGGUGUCGAUGACCUAGUCCUGGAAAGCAAUGCCUAUCAACGAUUCUCCCGGCUCCUUGAUCAUAUCUGUGAAAGUGCUGAAGAUGUGGAGAUCACAGCUGACCUUGAUGAAGAAGCUGAGGUUCCAAGUGAAGUGCUCAUUGCAAAGUACAAACUACAAGAGCUCAGAGAAGAAGCAGGGAAACUGAAGUUGCGUUCUGCGAUGGAGCUUGUCCCUGCCCAACGUCUCGUUCAACUACUUAGCAUCCUUGAGAAGAACAUCAGAGAUGGAGCCAAGGUCCUUCCUGUUGCCGACCCGGAGGAUGAUGAAGAUGCUGGGAAGUUGUGGGUGGAGAUGGCAAUGGAGAGAGUGAGCCGAGCUGUAGAUGCAUCUCUCACUGCUCUCUAUCGUGCACAUGCUCGAGAGGUACGAGAGAAGUCCAUCAUGAAGCUGUAUCACAAUCUGAGUGAAAUGGUGGGGCUUCUGGCGGAACUCCUUGAUAUUCAGCGCCUGACUGAUACCACUGUUCUUCAGGUGUCCACGCUGGGCGUGGCACCCUUCUUUGUUGAGAAUGUCCCUGAACUUCAGCUCAAUGCUCUCAAACUUGUCACUGUCGUGUUCAGUCGCUAUGAUAAGCACCGCCGACUUCUCCUGGAUGACAUCCUUGCUUCAAUUGCAAGGCUGCCCAGCUCCAAAAGAAGCUUGCGAACAUUUCAUCUCCAAAAUUCAGAAGAGAAGAUACAGAUGUUGACAGCAUUAGUUCUACAACUGAUCCAGUGUGUUGUCACUCUUCCUCAGACUCUGGUUGGGCCUCAUGACCCCAAGGCCAAGGAGAACCAGAAGGAACAGGAGAAGGAUGAGCAUAAUAAUGGGGAGAGCCAGGUUGACUUGGAUGUUCUCAUGAACCAGCGAUAUGAGACAGCCAAGAUGACAGCAGCUAACUUCUUGUCUGUGUUCCUCACAAAAUGUGGAAGCAAGAAUGAAGAGAUAGAUUACCGUCCCUUGUUCGAGAACUUUGUUCAGGAUCUCUUGUCCACAGUGAAUCGACCUGAGUGGCCUGCAGCUGAACUUCUGCUGAGCCUUCUGGGCCAUCUCCUCGCACAAAACUUCAGCAACAAAAAUAUUGAGAUGCCAUUGAGAGUGUCAUCAUUGGAUUACCUGGGAGUGGUGGCUGCCCGGUUGCGCAAGGAUGCUGUGACAUCAAGACUGAAGUUAGAAACCAUGGACAACUUAAUCAAAGAAGUCAAGCAGAAGGAGGAGGAGGAAGGGAUCAACGAUGAGGAGUUGAAUAAGUCUCUGGGCGAGGUCAAGGAUGAAGAGGAGGAGAGGAUGCUAUAUCUUGUUAGGCUUCUCCUAGAAUACCUCUCCAUCAAUUCAGACAACGACUCCCAGUUGCUGCAUGCCCGACACUUCUACAUCGUGCAAUGGUACAGAGAUGCAGUUUCAGAAAUCACACGUAUGAAACUUGGAGAGAAUACACCCUCAAGCAAUCACUCAUCACCUGUGAAGGGAUCGGCACAUAAGAGGAAGAAGAAAAAACGGAAAGGGGAGAGCAGUGAGGAAGAGUCAUCACAGGGAGAAGACUCGGGAGGGGAGAAUUCCAGACACUCGAAGUCAGGAAUACCAAACAGCCAAACCAUCCCCGAAGAAGUGAAAAAUGAAAUCUACCGAUUGUCUGAACUGAGGAAAAAGUUUCUUCUCACCCGCAUCCAACCGUAUGGAGCUGCAGUUGGCAAUACAUUCCAGACAGAGCUGGAUCCUGACAGUGCACAUCUCAUCUCUCGGUACCUGGCAUCCAAGCGUUCCUUCUCUCAGAGCUUCAGCAUGUAUCUGCGACAGAUCCUUCGAGUGCUAGUUGAGCCAGCAAUAGCAGUGCGGACCAAGGCAAUGAAGUGCAUGGCAAUGAUUGUUGAGGCAGAUCCCACAGUACUUGCUCUCAAGGACAUGGAAGCAGGUGUUAGACACUCCUUCCUUGAUGCAUCAACAUCAGUGCGGGAAGCUUCCGUUGAUCUCGUUGGACGAUUCAUCUUGAGUCGGCCAUCCCUCAUUGAUCAGUACUAUGAUAUGCUCUCUGCUCGAAUCCUGGAUACGGGAGUGAGUGUACGGAAGCGAGUGAUCAAGAUCUUGAAAGAUAUCUGCAUUGAGUGUCCAACAUACAGGCGUAUCCCAGAAAUCUGUGUCAAGAUGAUCAGGAGAGUGAAUGAUGAGGAGGGGAUCCGGAAGUUAGUCAUGGAAGUAUUCCAGAACAUGUGGUUCUCACCUGUGAGAGAGCGGCCAGUUCUUGACAAGGAGGCAUUGAUUCACAAAGUCCUCAACAUCACUGAUGUUGUGGCCACUUGCAAGGAAGUGGGACUCGACUGGAUCGAGCAGCUGCUUCUGAGUCUGUUCAAGCCAAAGGAAGACAAGGAAGAUUCUACAAAAGUAGUGACUGAGCCACCAAAGGCACUGGUGACAGCCUGUCAUCAGAUUGUGGACUGCCUGGUGGAGAACAUUCUCCAGAUUGAAGAGAACAGUCUGGAACAAAGUGCUGCAGAGGCAGGAAGCAGUGUUGUGAAGCAAGGCACCAAUUCCAGAUUAGUUGCGUGUAUGAACACUCUUUUCCUGUUUGCCAAAAUUAGGCCUCAGCUUCUUGUGCCUCAUGCGAGUACUCUUCAGCCCUACCUCAGUCUUCGGUGCCAGACGAGGCAAGACUAUGAGAUCAUCAGUGCAGUGGCCAGGACCCUGGAGCUGAUAGUGCCAUUGAUUGAACAUCCUAGUGAAACUUUCCUCGCCCAGCUGGAGGAGGAUUCUGUGAAGCUUAUCUUGACCCAAGACAAAGUGGUUGUGAAUGCAUCAGCAGCCUGUCUGGGCUCUGUCGUGAACAAUGUUACUCACAACUAUGCUCUUGUGAAGGACUGCUUCCUUCGUUACUAUGAUUUCCUGACACAGUACAAAAGCUCCCAGGAACAGAACCCUGGAGACAACCGGUUGAGUCGAAACAUGUUUUUCAGGAGCCUUUACACAGUGGGGCUCCUCAUGCGGCACUUUGAUUACCGAGAUCCAAAUGUCCGAUGUGGCCUCCCUGAUGGGAUCAUGGAAGAGGUUGUGAAUACAUUGAUGUACUUCAUGCAUCUGACAGAUGGGGAUAUCCAACGGUUUGCUUUGCAGGCCCUUGGCUCCAUGUGUAUUCGCCAUUAUGAUAUCAUGCUGCUACAAGAGUGCAAAGACAUUUACACCACUGUCCUCACUCAUGAGGAUGAGCCCAUUCCUCUUAAAGUUCAGGUGCUUAAUAAUCUGGAGACAUUCCUUCAUGAGGAAGAAGUCAGGAUGAUGAAGAUGGAUCAGGAAUGGUCAAGACUAGGCAAAAAUGAAAGCCUAAAGGACAUGGGAGAUGUAUCCAGUGGAAUGGCAAGUACAGUCAUCCAGGUCUACCUGAAGCAAAUCCUUGAGUCCUUUCUCAAUCGGAACAUAAGCGUGAGACGGACGGCCCUCAAGGUCAUCCAACUCAUUCUCACCCAGGGCCUUGUUCAUCCUGUUCAGAUUGUGCCAUAUCUGAUUGUGAUGGGGACGGAUCCGGAGGAAGCAGUGGCUCACACAGCCGAUAAACAACUUCAAGACAUGGAGAAGAAGUAUCCUGGAUUCCUCCACAUGAAGGCCAUGUCAGGGAUCAGGCUCUCUUAUGAUCUCCAGACCAUCAUCCAACCUGAAUCUCCAAUCCGUGGAUACAGGCAAUCAUCUCAGGGAGAAUCUCAAGUGGCCUUGAAUGGCUUUGUGUACUCCUUGCUGAGGACGACGAAACAGCAGCGUCGGGCUGUUGCCCUCUCGAUACUCAAGCAAUUCGAUGACCAAGGAAGGUUACCCUUGGCUGAGAUGCUGUACAUGUCAGACAACCUGGCCUACUUCCCCUACCAAGUGCUAGAUGAACCACUCUUCAUCAUCCAUCACAUUGACGUCAUGAUCUCUGUCAAUGGAUCCAACCUUCUUCAAACCUUCAAAGAGGGACUGUUGCCUCCUGAGGGUGCAAUACUUCGAUUCAAUCCCAAAACGGGGAAGGAGGAACUGUUCUACGACGAGGACGAAGACGACGACUUUGACUCCAUAUUACGCCGUCUCCCUGAGGAUCUAAAUGUGCUUCAGGAUGCCAUUACCGCCUCUCAAGGUUGCCUUCUCCUUCUUAUGCUCAAGCAGCAUCUGAAGGACAUGUAUGGCAUCACAGACAACAAAAUCUCUCAGUAUUUGCCAACGGAAUCGUCUAAAGUCCACGAGAAGACUGUUUCUCGAAGGAACAUUGCGAAGUUCAUGCCAAAGGCAACAAUUGCCAGGUUGAAGGGUCUCAAGUUACCCCGGGUCAAGGGCUCCAGGUCUCGACACGAGGUCACCCAACACGAAAGCAAAGAAGCAGCUGCCAAAAUAGAUCUCAUUAAUCAAUACUUAGACUUCAAGCAGCUGAUGCUGAAGAUUGAUCCAACGGAGGAGGACGAGGAUGAUAGGACAGGAGCAGGAGUUUCAAAUGGACCUCUGACAGCAAUUGCAGCCAGGGAUUCUUCCUCCCUUACCAUCACUAUCAAACAAGAACCCAACCUGACUCCGAAUAACAGUUCCACAUCCUAUCCCCCUCCUCCCUCCCUCUCACCCCCUCCUGAGCAGUCUAUGACUGGUCCAAACCCUCCCAUCACGGUUGUCAUCGAUCGAGAGAGGCUCAAAGAAGGGGUGGAUGAAGUGUCUUCACAGAAGGUGCCAAAACUACGGAUCGUGCCGCCAAAGCCGCCCACGUUGAAGCACCACUCACACAAACAUCACCAUCACCAUGUGAAGCACAACAAAAGUGAGAAACACAAAAAGAAGAAGAAGAAGAAAAAGUAUCGGCUGUCAUCCUCCGAAGAAGAGGACUCGGAAGGUGGGAGUGACGAUCCCGACUUCACGGCGUGAGGAACUCUUGUGUUGCGAGACUCAUCCGAUAGUGCAAACCGCAGAUUUCACAUUCGCCGACAGUCGGGAGAAACACGAAAGACACGGAAAGUUAUUUUUCUCCUCGUUCCGUCGUCCACAAAGGCUCGUACCUGGUGCCCUGCUGGCUCACCUCCAUCGCUCUUCCUCCAUCAGACACGAUAUCUCGACCAUGUGACGGUUCUUCUUUUAAAAGAGUCCUAAUAUAUGAUCACUUGAACAAGCAUUUUCUGCACAAACAAAUGCCCCUCUUCCAUUUCCAUGGAAGCCCUGUUGUUCUAUUUCAGUUGUUUGCCUCUGCCAUUUUUUUUAGUUUCUUACAGCAAGUCUCUUUUUUGCUGAAGUGUGAUAGCUGCGCAAGCGAAUAAUUUAUGCAGAGAAGAAUUUUUUCUACACGUGCUAAGUAUGUACAUAUGACGAGAAAUUUUUUCUUUUAUUUCGUCAGAUGGGGACUCUGAGGUAACUAUACUCGAUGUUUUUUUAUUUUUGUUACAAAGAAAAAAAGAAAAAAACCUUUUCUCUUAUUCCUGCGUGCCGGGGCUCGUGCAGCCUCGGUCGCGAGUCUAGUCCAACGGUUUCACCGCCGGCGAGAGGUAUAACCCGCGUUUUCCACCGGCACCGAGAUGAAUAUAUUUGGGAAAAAAAUCAAGUUUGCGAAGAACGACGUGACCGGAGAUGGUGUACACAUGGGUGCAGUGACUUCGUGUCCCCUGCAUUUCUUUUUACUCCUUCCCUCAAGUGUUUACGUAUUUUCCGCGUUUUUUCCUUUCUCUUUUGUAUUUAAAUACAUGCAAAAAAGGAAAAAGCCUCUUCUUCCCCCCUCCCCCCCCACCCAAAAAGUGAAUAAAAGUGGCAGCCAGAU